AUGGCUUCUUCCUCUCAUUUUCAUUACCACCAAGAUGAUCACCAACCUGAUAAUGAAGAUAUAUUCAAAGACUUAUUUGAAGACAUUGACAAAUUUCUAGGAGAAAAUGAGCGUGUACCACGUAAUUUUAUCGACAGACAUCGGGAGGAAGGUCAAGAUUUGCUAUGGAAUGAUUAUUUUAGCGAUACUCCAACCUACCUGCACAAUGUCUUCCGGCGACGGUUUCGAAUGAACCGGACAUUAUUCAUGCGUAUUGUGCAUCGUCUCUCCACAGAAGUACGGUAUUUUCAAGAAAGAGUAGAUGCAACCGGGCGGUCUAGUCUUACUGCACUCCAAAAAUGUACCGCAGCAAUUCGUCAAUUGGCUUAUGGUGUUGGAGCUGAUGCAGUGGACGAAUAUGUUCGAAUGGGUGAAACAACUGCUCGAGGAUGUUUGCACAAUUUUGCCGCGGGAAUAAUCCGCUUGUUUGGCGAUGAAUACCUAAGACGUCCCACACCGGAAGAUCUGCAGAGACUACUAUACUUUGGGGAGCAACGUGGGUUCCCAGGGAUGAUUGGAAGCAUCGACUAUAUGCAUUGGAAGUGGAAGAAUUGUCCCACUGCUUGGAAAGAAAUGUAUUCACGAGGAACCGGAAAACCAACGAUUGUCUUAGAGGCGGUGGCAUCAUAUGACCUCUGGAUAUGGCCCUCCUUUUUUGGAGCUCCAGGUACUAUGAACGAUCUUAAUAUUCUCGAUCGAUCACCCGUUUUUGAUAGACGUUAUUAA